CAAAAAAAAUAGUAUCCGUUAAUGCUUCAUCUUCCAAAGCAGAACUGUUGAAUGAAGAGCUUAUUGAAGAUAGACUUGUGAACCGUUCAUUGGAAAAAGGUUUGCUUUUGGAAUUCAAGAAAGAUUCUGAUAGAAUAUUGUUAGCAGUUGCUUAGAGACCUGAUGGCAAGAAGAACUGGAUGGUUUUAGAUCAGAAUGGUGUCACUAGUUCCAUCAAGCGGCAACAAGUGACAUAUAUUAUUCCUGGUAUAUCCAAUUUUUGACCAAGCAGAGAUCGCAGCCUUUGUUCAGAAAGCUCAGGACAACAUGGACCCAUCGCUACUUGAAUUUGCUUGGUCUGAGCUAUUGGAAAAGAAUAAGUCUGUGACAGUCGAAGAGAUGGCUGAGAUAAUUUUUGGCAGUAUUGAGCCUCUUGAGAGAUAUUCUGCUCAUCUCUUGCUAUCAAAAGACGAAGUAUACUUUACCGUAGUCGAGACUACAGGAUUGCGUUGCGUUUAUGGACCUCGACCAAAUGAGCAGGUUGAGGAGCGUAUUCCUAGGAAGGUUGCAAAGGAGGCUGCUGAGAAAGAAUUUCAAGAGUUUAUUAAACUGUUGGGCUCUGCAAAAUCAAUGCCUUUGCAAAAUAAACCUUCCAAAUCUUCUUGGAAGGAUGAUGAGAUAAUUUGGAGCGCAAUUAAGUCACUCGAAGCAUAUGCUAUUGAUGCUUGUAAAAGUGAUGAACAAAUAAAAACAGCUGGGAUGACACUAAGGAAAAUGGGUCUGGCAAAAACAACAUCUUCAGCUGUAAAUCUCUUGAUAAAUAUUGGGUAUUUUCCUGUACAUGUCAAUCUUGAUUUGUUGAAGUUGAGUAUUCCCACUGAUCACUUGGAAAAGAUCACAUCAGCUGCUCAAAGUCUGCUAUCAGACUCAUCUGAUCCAGACGAGAUUAACAGGAAGAACCUUACUAACCUGAAGGUUUAUGCCAUUGAUGUUGAUGAAGCUGAUGAGCUUGAUGAUGCUCUGAGUGCAACAAAGUUACAAGAUGGUCGAAUUAAAAUUUGGAUACAUGUUGCAGACGCAACGAGAUAUGUUCGACCUGGAAGUAUCGUGGAUAGGGAGGCUAUGAGAAGAGGAACUUCUGUUUUUUUGCCCACCGCUACAUAUUCUAUGUUUCCAGAAAAUCUUGCCAUGGGAGGUAUGAGUUUGAGACAAGGGGAGCUUUGUAAUGCUGUUACUGUAUCAGUUGUGCUACAUGACGAUGGCAGCAUUGCAGAAUGUUCAGUGUUCAAUUCCGUGAUUAAACCAACAUACAUGCUAACAUAUGAGAGUGCAUAAGAGUUACUCCAUUUGAACCUUGAAGAGGAGGUUGAACUUAGAAUUUUGUCCGAGGCUGCAAACCUUCGGUUAAAAUGGCGUCGCCAGCAGGGCGCAGUUGAGACAACAACAAUAGAAACUCGCAUCA